AUGGCGCGCCUCCUUGGACGGAUCCUAUUGGCUUGCGUGGCCCUUUCCUGCACCUCACUGACCUGGGUCCCUUCGCGCGGUGGUAGCCCGAGCCCGCGCCUUCGACGCGUGUCCGUGGCAAGAGAGGCGGCGCGUGAGAAAACCUUGAGCCCCGAGGAACUCAAGGAGCAAGAAGAGCAGGAGCAAGCGGCCGGAUCGCCCUUCCGCUUUCGCAACGAGUACUUGGUGGCGCUGCUGGUGCUGAUUGUUGCGGGCACUGUGUUCAACCCUUUCCAGUGA